AUGGCGGACGACAAGAGAGAAUGCGUGAAGGUCGUGAUCCGAUGCCGGCCUCUGAGCGGCCAGGAGAAAAUCGACAACAGAGAAAAGAUCGUCGAUAUGGUGGUCAAGGACGGAGCCGUCAGUGUUCGAAGACCUGGCACGCAAGACUGCAAGAACUUCACGUUCGACGCUGUCUAUGACGAGCACACCAUACAGGGCGAUUUUUAUGAGCACACCGGCUAUCCUAUUGCCGGCGUCAUGGAUGGUUACAAUGGUACCGUCUUUGCCUAUGGGCAAACUGGCACUGGCAAGACCCACACGAUGGUCGGGCCGGCCCAACCGGAAGAGCUGCAUGGGGUCAUUCCUAGGACUUUUGCGCACAUCUUUCGGAACGUGGAUUGCGGCCAGAACAAGAAGUUCCUGGUCCGUGCAUCCUACUUGGAAAUCUACAACGAAGAGAUCCGAGAUUUGCUCUCGAAAAAUCCGAAGCAAAAGCUCGAGCUAAAAGACCAUCCAGAGGGAGGUGUGUUCGUGAAAGACUUGACGAACAUGAUCGUGAAGGGCGCCCCCGACCUCCAGCAAGUUAUGGAGGUUGGGCAAAAGAACCGCAGUGUUGCCAGCACUCUCAUGAACAACGAGUCCAGCCGAUCGCAUUCAAUUUUUACAAUCACUGUCGAGAUUCUGGAACAAGGAAUCGACGGUCAAGAUCAUAUUCGAGUUGGUAAAAUGAACAUGGUGGACCUGGCGGGCUCUGAGCGGCAAAGCAAGACGGGGGCUACUGGGGACACGCUGAAGGAAGCAACGAAGAUCAACAUGUCGCUGAGUGCGCUGGGAAAUGUGAUCUCUGCCUUGGUCGACUCAAAGACAUCUUUCGUUCCUUAUCGAGACUCAAAGCUCACGCGCUUGCUUCAGGACUCUCUAGGUGGCAACACCAAGACGGUGAUGUGUGCCUGUAUCGGUCCGGUCGAUUACAACUUCGACGAGACUUUGAGCACACUCCGCUAUGCUUCCAGAGCGAAGAGCAUCAAAAACAAACCCAGGAUCAACGAGGAUCCAAAGGAUGCCAUGAUCCGCGAAUUCCAAGACGAGAUCACCCGGCUGAAGAUGAAGUUGCAGGAGCGUGCGAACGCAGGUCCUGGGAGCCCGAUUCGACCGGGUGCCGCGCCUGGAGAACCAGAGGUGAUUGUGGAAAAAGAAGUGGUGGAGGUGGAAAAGAUCGUCGAGAAGGAGGUGGUCGUUCAAAAGGUUGUCCAGUCCGGGAUCACGGAGGAGGAAGUUCAACGGAUCCAGUGGCAGGUAGAGCAAGAAAGAGCACAGAUCGAGAUGGCCGUGGAAGCUGAAAGGCAGGCCAUUGAGGCGCAGAAGGAGAUGGCAGAUCAGGAGAAGACGCAGCUGCUAGAGGCCUUGGAGGAGAAGCAGCGCAGCAGAGAGGAGAAGGCCCAGCAGCAGGAGAAGAUGCUACAACAGCUCAAGGCCAUGGAGGAGAAGAUGCUGGUUGGAAGCCAGGUUAUGGAGAAAGCCAUGCAGCAAGAAGCCGACCUCCGGAAAGCCGCCGUGGAAGUGGAAGAGAAGAAACGCUUGGAGCAGCGCAUGCAGGAAGAGCUCGAGCAACAGCAAGAGGACAAGCUCAACCUCGAAGAAAAGUACGCCUCGACAGAGGAACAGGUGCAAAAGAUGACUGCCAAGCUGGAAAAGCUGUGGAAUCGUCACAAGCAAACGCAGCAAGAGGUGCAGGAUCUACAGCACGAGUUCCAAACUGAACGCGAAGAUAUGCUGGAAACCAUCAGAGAACUGCGGAAGGAGGUCAAGUUGGUAUGCCUCACAAUCGAGAAUUUCAUUCCACUCGAGCACUACCAGCAGAUCGUUGAGCGUGCGCACUACGACGAGUCCUCUGAUGAGUGGGUUAUCAAUAACAUCGAUCUUGCUGGAAAUCGGGUCCGAAGGCGUGGCCGCAUCCUGGACGACGAUGGGGAUGGCCGGCAUGGAAUGAGACGUACAGGACAAGCAGACGGCAGCCCGGAUCCAGUGGCAAUGAUGAACGAGAGACCCAACGUCUAUUUCGCAUACACCGAAGAUGGUGGGGCGCAACGGGCGGAGACCCGACCGGCGCCGGCCAAAAACGGCAAGUCUCAGCGCAUGAAGUCCGCAGGACGUCCAGGCACAGCUUCUCGGAAAGGUCGCGCUGUGAAAGGCGCCGUGGGCACCAACUUCCUCCAUUCGCCGGACCCCGAGGAAGCCGAGGCCGAGGCUGCCUUCCCAAAGGCGCGCGGCCUCGUCAGAGCUGGCUACCAGGGUUAG